CGUCAGUUUAGUACCACCGCGACUUUCACAGUAGCUGCUUCGUUCUCUUAUUAUUGAGUGGGAUACGAGAGACAAAAAAUGGGGCCCUCGAAGCCCCCUAAAGGGGAUACACUAGCCCACAUUUUUAUAUUAGUAAUUGCCCUUUUGGCCCUUACCGAACUAAUAAAAUGUGAAACUUUAACGCCGCCGUAUUUUAAUUUGGCAGAAGGGAAGAAUAUUACCGCUACGGCCACUUGUGGGGUUGAUACUGAAGGACCUGAGUUGUAUUGUAAGCUGAUUGGGAGUAAUUCCGAUAAUGAGCCUAACAUUAAUGUUAUACAAGGACAGUAUUGUGACGUUUGUGACCCGAACACACCUGGCAAGAACCAUCCCCCAGAAUACGCCGUCGAUGGCAAAGAAACGUGGUGGCAAAGCCCGCCCCUAUCGAGAGGCAUGAAAUACCAGGAAGUGAACUUGACCAUCGAUUUAGGACAGGAAUUCCAUGUGGCCUAUGUCUACAUCUACAUGGCGAACUCGCCCCGUCCGGGACUCUGGGUGCUGGAAAAGUCCGCAGAUUACGGGAAAACUUACACCCCCUGGUGGUAUUUUUCCGACUCGCCGGCAGAUUGUGAGAAACACUUCGGAAAGGAAAGCUUACAACCCAUUACUAGGGACGACUCCGUCAUUUGUACCACCGAAUUUUCGAAAAUUGUACCGCUGGAAGGAGGCGAAAUUCCAAUCUCUUUACUAAAAAACCGCCCUUCCGCCCUACACUACUUUAACUCCACCGUUUUACAAGAAUGGACCAGGGCAACUAACGUACGUCUCAGAUUCUUAAGAACCAAAAAUCUGUUAGCUCAUCUCAUGUCGGUCGCCAGACAAGAUCACACUGUCACCAGAAGGUAUUUUUACUCUAUAAAAGACAUCAGUAUUGGGGGAAGAUGCAUGUGUAACGGCCAUGCCCAAAGUUGCGAUAACACCGACUUGUACAAUCCGAAAGUACUGGUGUGUAAUUGUCAGCAUAACACGUGUGGGGUGAAAUGCGAGAAGUGCUGCCCUGGAUUUGAACAGAAGAAAUGGAAACAAUCGCAGUUUGAUGAACCUUUUAAAUGUGAACCUUGUAACUGCCACGGUCAUACCUAUGAAUGCGAGUACGAUCCAGAAGUGGAUAAGAAGAAACUCUCCCUCGAUAUCCACGGAAACUACGAGGGUGGUGGCGUAUGCAAGAACUGCCGACACAAUACCGAGGGCGUCAAUUGCAACAAGUGCAAACCCGGAUUCUUUAGGCCUUAUGGAAAAUAUUGGAACGAAACUGAUGUUUGUCAACCUUGCCAGUGCGAUGUUUACUAUUCGACCGGUAACUGUGCAGAAGGUUCUGGACAAUGCGAGUGCCGCGAGAACUUUAAGGCGCCAAAUUGUGAUAGUUGCAGCUUUGGAUUUUAUGAUUAUCCCACCUGUAAACCUUGCGAAUGCUUUAUAAAUGGAACAUUAAGUGAACAAUGUGAACCCAAAGACGGAGUCUGCUGGUGUAAAGACAACUUUGGGGGUCCCAGCUGCUCGGAAUGCGCCCCUGGAUUUUUCAAUUUUCCAGAGUGCAAACCCUGUGGAUGUGACAAAGAAGGUUCCGACUUGGAAUCGUGCGAACAAAGUUCUGGAAAUUGUACUUGUAAAGUGAUGUACAGUGGCGCCAAAUGCGACAAGUGUCAAGAUGGAUACUUUGACUAUCCGAAGUGUAAUUACUGCAACUGCGACAUCAAGGGAACCAGAGAUGGAAUUUGUGACAAACUGACUGGCAAAUGUAUUUGCAAAGAAGGAUAUGGCGGAGAACGAUGUGACAUCUGUAUUCCUGGUUAUUACGGAUAUCCGGAUUGUAAGCCUUGCGACUGCAGUACGAUCGGCUCAAGAGGUACCACUUGCAGCGCCACCGGCAAAUGCGAGUGUCUCAGUAACUACGCCGGACAGACUUGCGAACAGUGCAGUGCAGGGUUCUAUAAUUAUCCAGAGUGCAAAUCAUGCGAAUGUAACGGAGACGGUUCAAUCGGAGUCUCAUGCGAUGGAGAAGGAAAGUGCGUGUGUAAGGAGCAUUUCGAUGGCCAGAGGUGCGGCGAAUGCAAGAAAGGUUAUUACAAUUUCCCGGACUGUGAAGAUUGCAACUGUCAUCCAGCCGGCGUGGUUGCCGGAUUUGCCGGUUGUGGCUCGGUUCCCGUAGGAGAACUCUGCGAAUGUAAAGAAAGGGUCCAGGGAAGAAUCUGCAACAAAUGCCGGCCCCUAUUUUGGAACUUAAACCCCAAAAACCCCGAAGGGUGUGAGGAGUGCAACUGCAAUAAAUCGGGGGUAUUGGGAGGCAUCCAAGUGUGUGACACCGAAAAUGGCCAGUGUGUUUGUAAACCCUCUGUUGUUGCGCGUGGUUGUACCGAAUGCGUUGAUGGUACUUAUAAUUUACAAGAAGAUAAUCUUUUUGGAUGCACGGAUUGUGGUUGUGACGUUGGUGGAUCCAUAAGCAACACAUGUAAUAAACAAACUGGACAAUGUCUUUGCCAAACGAGAGUAACGGGAAGAACCUGCAAAGAACCUUUACAAGCUCACUACUUCCCCACGCUCUAUCAGUACCAAUACGAAAUCGAAGACGGUCAUACCCAGGAGAAUUUUAGAGUUCGUUACGAUAACAACGAGACCGUAUUUAAAAAUUAUUCUUGGAAGGGAUACGCGGUCUUUUCGUCAAAUUUACAGAGAGAAGUGAUCCAGGAUAUUAUUAUUAGUAAGCCGUCUUUGUACCGGAUGGUAUUAAGAUUUGUGAACCCAAACCCCUACACAGUAAUCGGAGGAAUCAAAGUAACCCCAGACAACCCGAACGAAAACGAACAAUAUCUUAAAGUACAAUUUAAAAACUCCAACGAUCCGGUAUUCACGACAGUUUCUGGUGAAUCUAGUUCGGUUCCCUUACCUUUGGUGCUGAAUCCAGGCAGAUGGAGUGUCAGUAUUAACGUGAACGAUACCAUUUAUUUGGAUUACUUUGUGCUGCUGCCGGAAGAUUUCUACUUGGCAACGGUGUUAAACCAAAAAAUUGAAACCCCUUGUACCUUUAAUGACACUGGACUGUGCAGGGUGUAUGAUUAUCCCAAUAUCACCAGCUUUGAUAAAACUUAUGGAGUUGGGGGAUAUAUAGGCAAUGAUCAUCAGCCCUUAAGGGAAUUUUAUUUAAAUACUGAGCACUUGAAUGCCAUAAAUAUCCCCAACCGAGUGCCGGUUCUUAAUCCAGAACAGCCGGAAAUAUCGUUUAAUCUUACAGUAGCCAAACCAGGUCCGCAUGUUUUGCUUAUAAAUUACGUGACGCCCGUUAAUGAUCUUAGAACCCAUAAAAUCAACGUGACCGCCCCUGGAAAAUAUUAUGAUCAGCAUGGUCGUGUUAUUUUGUAUUCUUGUCCUUAUAACCCUACGUGUAGGCAAGUGGUUACCGACGAGCAAGGCGGAGUGGGAGUCUUUGAGGUGCAAGGCAAUUCCUUAAUUGUCGAUUUGAAGAGUAACGCAAGUAACGUCGGCAUCCACUCCUUGUACCUGAUCCCCUACCAAGAUUGGUCAUUGGACUUCAUCAAACCGAAACCGGUCUGCAUAAAGAAAAACGGAGAUUGCAUCGCCGGAUCCUUCAGAAACCCCCCGGAAACCAAAAAGAUCCAGUUCGAGCAAGAAAUGGAAGGCGAACUGGCCAGAAACAGACCACCCAUCGUCUUAUUGAAUAACAUCAGCUACAUUUCCUUGAAUAAAGGAUACACUGCGGUCGAUAUGAGAGGAAAAGUACCUAGUCCCGGAUAUUAUAGUUUCGUACUUCAAUACCAUCAACCCGAUUAUCCAGUAUUUGACUUGGACGUGAUAAUCCAGAAUGGCCGAUACUAUCAAGCCAAAGUUCCUGUAGAGCAUUGCCCGGCAAAAUCCGGCUGUAGGUCUCUUAUUAUACAGCCUAAUAUGGUCAAACAGUUUGAUUUGCUGGAGAACUUUAUGAUUAGUUUUUCGCAACCAGAAGGCAAACACGUAUACCUCGACUAUUUGCUAGUAAUUCCAGCCGACUUAUAUGGCCCGAAAUACCUGGAGGAAGAAGAACUAUCCAGAGCCGACGAGUUCAUCUCUACAUGUGGAAGCAACAAUUUUAAUAUUGAUACCAGUCAUAAAGGCUUUUGUAGAGAUUCGGUAUUUUCGAUAACCGCUGCUCAUAAUACCGGCGCACUACCUUGCCAGUGUGACUACGCCGGUUCGGCCAGUUUCGAAUGUGAAAAAUUCGGCGGUCAGUGUAAAUGCAAAGAUAACAUCAUCGGACGUCAGUGUACCGCCUGUAAAACUGGAUAUUAUGGAUUUCCGAAUUGUAGACCCUGCGAUUGUCCCAGUACCGCUUUUUGUGAACCACAAACAGGCGAGUGUGUUUGUCCGCCACACGUAACCGGGGAGAAAUGUGACGAAUGUGAACCUCUAACCUUCGGAUAUGAUUCUCGUAUUGGCUGCGAGGAAUGCAAAUGUAACCCUCUGGGUAUUAAUGGUACCAUGCAGUGCGAUUUGUUGAAUGGGUUAUGUCCGUGCAAAGAAAACGUUGACGGUCGUACCUGUGAAAACUGCCAAGCGGGUUACUUCUCGUUCCCUUACUGCCAGUCGUGCGAAUGUAACGAAAAUGGUACUACCACCGAUAUUUGCGACAAAACCACAGCCGAAUGCUUCUGUAAGAAAAACACUGUUGGAUUCCAGUGUAGCAUUUGCAGGGAAGGUUCCUUUAAUCUACAAGCUGCCAAUCCAGAAGGAUGCACUCAAUGCUACUGUUCAGGUAAAGCUGCCAGAUGUACCUCCGCAGGGCUGGUAAACUCUCCCAUCUACGAUUUAAGUAACUGGACUUUGGUCGAACUAGACACCUCAAAAGAUCAACUUAAUGUUACGAUAUUAGAUAGUAAUCUCGAGAGCGUGUCAGCAAACGCAGUAGGUGCGGUACUAUCCGACUUCAACGACAGUACCGUGGCUUACUUCGCCGCCCCGCCAUCUUAUUUGGGUAAAAAACUGACUUCCUACGGAGGCUUCUUAAGAUACACCAUAUUCUACAGUAUUGGUUCGAACGGAACUGCCGUUAGUGGACCCGAUGUCAUACUACAAGGAGCCAACACUUACUUAAGUUACUCCAGCAUUGAACAACCACCACCAGUUUUUAUGUAUAACAGUGAAGUUUCAUUGGUGGAAUCGAUAUUCGAUACGCCUUCCGGAGAUCAGGCUCGCAGGGAACAUUUUAUGGAAGUCCUGAAGGAUUUGAGAGGGGUUUAUAUAAGGGCUAGUUAUUGGACCCAAGGAGAGACCACUAGGCUGAUUGACGUGAGCCAAGACGAAGGUAUUACAAGGCAAGAAUUCGCAGAACGAUACGGUGAAAACCAAGUGGCGCCAGAAGAUAUGCCUUCAGUGGAGAGAUGCGCGUGUGAACCCAACUAUCAAGGUCUAUCUUGCGAAGAAUGUUCUCCAGGUUACUACCGGGUGGAAGGACCUUACGGGGGAGCAUGCGUACCGUGCGAAUGCAACGGCCAUGCAAACGAAUGCGACGUAAACACCGGAAAAUGUCUAGACUGUCAACACAACACCACCGGUGACUACUGUGAAUUAUGCGCAGUCGGAUAUCACGGGGAUGCGCGAGCGGGUAAACCCGACGAUUGUCUGAUAUGCGCGUGCCCUCUGCCGAUCACCAGCAACAAUUUCGCCACCGGAUGUGACGUCAGUGCUGAUGGGGAACAUAUCAGCUGUCAGUGCAGAGAUGGUUACGGUGGGGCGAGGUGUGAGAGCUGUGCACCUGGGUUUUAUGGAUUGCCUGAGGUGGCAGGUGAUUUCUGUAAACCUUGCCAAUGCCACGGAAACAUAGAUUCACGCGAUCCAGGUUCAUGCGAUUCCACCACAGGCAAAUGCAUGAGAUGUUUAAAUAAUACUUUUGGUGAAGCGUGCUCUCUAUGCGCCCCAGGUUACUUCGGUGAUGCGAUCGAGAGAAAAGAUUGUCAAGCGUGUAUAUGCGAUAAGUACGGAACUGAUAGGUGCGACCAUACGACCGGACAGUGUAUUUGCAAACCCAAUGUGGAGGGAGAGAAGUGCGAUAGGUGUGUUAAGGAACAUUUUGGAUUCCUGUCUGGAUUAGGUUGUACCAAGUGCGAUUGUGCAGAAGCUUCAGACAGCCACCAAUGCGAUGACACCACCGGCCAAUGUAGAUGCAGAGAAGGCGUGACUGGAAGAACCUGCAACAAGUGCGCCGCUGGCUUCUGGAACUACACCGAGGACGGAUGUGUCUCUUGCGGUUGCAAGGGAGAAUUCUCCAUCGGCGUCGGGUGCUCUCCCACAACGGGUCAAUGCGAAUGUUUACCAGGGGUUAUCGGAGAAAAAUGCGAUCAAUGUCCUCACAGAUGGGUGUUUGUACCUGGAGAAGGUUGUCAUCAAUGUGACCACUGUCAUUUCCCACUUUUGGAUGAUACUGAUGCACUUGCCGCUAUGAUUGACCCCAUUAUCUUGGAAUUCAAUUCCACACAAUCCGGUUACUUCACUAGAAGAAAGCUUGACAACAUGAGGGAACAAUUAGAAAAACUCUUACCUAAAUUCGACGAUGUUGAUCCACGUCAAGUGAGUCUUACUGGACCGCUACAAGAAUUGGAAAGUUUAGAACAAGACUCGAAAAAUUUAAACAGAAAGUCAAAUUAUUCUCUACAAAACAGUGAAGAAAUGAAAAACGAUUCCAUAGAUCUUAAAAAUAAAGCGGAAGAGCUACUGGAUAACCUGUCUCAAGCCGAGAAAGAGUGUAUUAAGGCCAUAGAAGAUUUGGAUAAAAUUACUGGACAGUUGCACGAAGAAGCAGGUAACGAGGUGGAAAAAGUCCUAGAAGAAGCCGAAUCUCUGCUCGAAGCCAUCAAAGUUUACAAUCUGACCGAAAGGGAAAAAGAGGCGGACGAUCAACUGAAAAAAGUUGACGAAAUGAUGAAAAAUGUCACAGAGUACAAACUGCCCGUCGACGAAUUGGAAACGGACGUGGAACAGAUCAAGGAUAAAAUAAAGGAGUUUAAUGAUCGUUUGGAUGACUUGUAUAAUCACACGCAGUACUCCUUGACCACUGCCAAUGAAGCUGAGAAGAUCAUUAAUAAGAGUGGAAAAGAUAGACUGGAAGGAAAGUUGGACAACAUCCAAAACCAGAUAACCUUAUCCAAAGAAAAUUUGGAUAAUUCCGAGACCCUCCUGAAGAACGCCUCAAAUCUACUAGACACCACCAUUGGCAAACUGAAAGAGCUAGAGGACUCUCCUGAUCAAUUAGAAACCAGAAAUGCGGAAUUCCAAGCUAGACUGGAUACCAACGACGAUGAAAUCAAACAAAUAAAAGAACUUAAACCGAACGUGCAAAAACAUGCAGACGACUUAUCAGACAAAGUGGAAAAACUCCAAAACAUUUUGUCAGACAGUCAACUCGACUCCAACGAUGCCAUUAAAGCUGCCAGAGCUUACACAGAUAUUGCUGAAGCUGUUAAAAGGGCAAGGAACGCAACUGAUGUGGCUAAAAAUGACACUGAUCAUGCUGUGAACCUCUUGAGAACCGUAAGUAAACGGACAACAGAAGCUGAUUCUAAUUCAAGUAUAGCAUUAGAUGAUGCCCACAAACUUUACCAAAACAUUUCCGAAGAACUGAAACCGCUUCUAAGACAAGCCAUAGUUGCGUUUGGUCCUCUGAAGGCAUCACAAGGAAGCAACGAGGUUAUUCUACAAGGAAUCGAGCAGAUUCUGGAUAAAAUUGAUUUGCCUCCAUUGGAUAAAAGUUUCAAAAAUGCUUCUGAUAUGGCUGAUAAGGCCAUUGAUUAUACUAAUAAAGUCGAUGAAAAAAUUAAGACAGAUUUCGUGCAGCUCCCAGAAGAAAAGAGUCAAGCAGUGGAGCUCCCAAAGCGUUUAGACGACGUCAAAAGAAAUUUGGACCAAACCAGAAGUCAAAUCAUGCAAGUGAAUGAAAUGUUGCCGAAUAUAAUUGAUGAGUUGGAUGAGUUGCCCGAGAAGCAGAGAAAGAGAAAUCAAACCUCUGAAGACGUAAAUAACAAAAUCAAUAAGUUAAACAACCAAAUACAACUGGCCAGAGAUUUGGCAAAUAGACUUAAAAUCGGAGUCAAGUUCUUCUCGAACACCACUUUGGAGCUCAGGAAUCCGGACAAUAUCGAGGAUCUCACUACUUCCACCAAGAUCAGUGGGUAUUUCAGAACUGAUAAGCCCAACGGUCUUAUCUUUUACUUGGGAAAUCCUAACGGGACAAAUCUCAGAAAGACGAAGACAGAUGAUUAUAUGGCUUUGGUAGUGCAAAACGGAUAUCCGGUACUGAAACUGGACAUUGGAAAUGGGCCUGAACAAGUUAACUCUGAAAAGUUUGUCGCCGAUAAUGUUUGGAGGCAGUUUAUCAUCGAACGGGUGGGUCACAAUCUGAAACUAAGCAUCCGUGAGGAGUUAAAAGACAAACAAGAAGACAUCAAAACGGUGGAAAAGAACCUUAAGGGACCAUACACGAUAUUAAAUUUAGACAAAGAGAAAUCGAAACUUUUCGUAGGCAGUUUUCCGCCGAAUUACGAAAUGCAAAAGGACAUCGAUGUCAGUUCGUUCGAUGGGGAAAUCGAAGAGCUGGUCAUUGGAAAUAAGCCGGUUUCUUUAUGGAACUUUGUGAACGGGUACGAGAACAACCAUGGGGCACAAGAAAGGGACAAACUGAUCGACACCAACCCCAAUACCGGCUUAAGAUUUAACGGACAAGGUUACGCAAUUAUGGACGCCACCUCAAUACAAAUGAGAAAUCGGUUCUGGAUGCAAAUGCGAUUUAAGACUUUUGCCAGUGAAGGUUUACUCUUCUUGGCUGGUAAAGAAAAGACUUUUGUUGCUUUAGAGCUCAGGAAUGGAAAAGUAUUAUAUCAGUAUAAUUUGGGCCACGGAACCAAGAAGUUAGCAUCAACGAUCGCAUAUAAUGACGGCCAUUGGCACACCAUAGUGGUUGAAAGAGAUGGACCGGAAGGUCAAUUGAAGGUGGAUGACCAAGCGUUCCCGACCAAAUCUGUCCCGAUUACUGGAACCAGUUUGGAGGCCAUCGAUACGGUUUCGUUUGGAGGUUAUCCUCACGUGCACAACUUCCCUGAAGUAACAAACAUUAAGUACGACGGAUGCAUUGAACUGGUAACCAUAAACAGUGGCGCAAUCGACUUGAGGAAGAGCAUCAAGUCCUACGACGUAACUCCCGGGUGUCCCGCAAAAAUUUCCCCUAUGGUGUCAUUUAAUAAGUCCCGUCCCGGAUACGUCGGUUGGGAUCAUUUGUCGGUCUCGAACGAUUUCAGGGUGACCCUCAAAUUCAAAACUAAAGAAAAGGACGGUCUUAUUUUCUAUAUGACUGAUAUGGACCAAAGCAAUGGGGUGUCUUUGUCUCUAGUAAAUGGUUACUUGAAAGUAAUAAGCCAAAAGACGGAGCUAGUGUCAAAAGACACUUUUAACGACAGUGAUUGGCACGUUGUCUCGGUAAUUCACAACAACGAGAUCCUCAGGGUCGAUUUUGACGAUUAUGGCUUUAGAGGAACGGACAGUACUCCUCCUCCUCUUCAUAUUCUACAUGGUAAAUUAUUUGUGGGUGGUUUGCCGAGGAAAUAUUCACCAACCCGUGGCGCCUUGGGUUCCGAUCAGCCGUUCCAUGGUUGCAUUGCCGAUUUGACUGUUAACGGACGCGUCAUGAACUUCGCCAAUACGACAGAUAAGUCGUUUGAGAUAUUGGACAGGUGUAUUUUGGAUCGAGACUUUUUGCCAUUGGAUCCUACCGUGCACAGGUUGCCAGAAAUACCACCUUUAAUUGACGUCACCGUACCACCUCCAACAGUCCCAGUGAUAAUAACUGAGAACCCAUACGUACAACAUGCACAACGCGGUGAUUUAGGUUUAGAUUUCCGACCGACUACGACUCAAGAACCACCCAAACCGAUAUUUAAGGAACCCGAUGCUUCUGUCGCAGAAAAAGAACCUAAACCAGUUACAAAAUCGCCAAGAGGUCCUAGUGGCACGGUACCUACAACUACUCCUAAGCCCACAGUGGAGGGUUGUGCCUUACCACUAAUCCCUACCAAAAUAGACGAGAAAGAAAGCGGGUAUCGAUUCGGAUUCCAUACAAACUCCCGAUUAGAAUUUAACACACCCAGAGGAAAGUUCCGUAAAAACUUCGAUUUUGACCUAGAGUUCAAGACCAGCGAAGAAAAUGCCAUCAUUUUCUACGUGUCAGACGUUAAAACCCACAAGCAUUAUGCCGCAUUACUUUUACAGGACGGAUAUUUGGUAUUCACGUUUAAAGGAGAACAUUCUAGCCCCAUGAUAAUAAAAUCCCAAAUGACUUACAACGAUGAUAAAUGGCACAAAGUGGACUUUAGCAGAGAUGGUUCCGAAGGUAAAAUGGUUAUCGAUUUUGGAUCGCUUACUGGAAGAAUUCCACAUAAAACUGUUUCGUUGGAUCUGCAUAUUCCUUUCUAUCUUGGCGGAGUGCCUCAGGAGGAUUAUAAUUUCGUAUCGGCCAAUAUUAACACUACCGCACAAUUUAACGGCUGCAUACGGAACUUCAAUAUGAACAAUAAACCUCUGGAAAACCCGAAAGUAUACGGCGUGAUACCUUGUUCAGAGAACUAUGAAACUGGUACUUGGUUUGGCGGAGGAGACACUACCUACAUUAAAUUAAAAGAGCGGUAUAAUGUAGGAGAAAUGUUUAAUAUUAAAAUGGAUAUUAAACCUAGAGUUAAUACAGGUGUCUUGUUAGCCGUCCAUGGCAAAAAAGACUUCUUGGUAUUAGAAAUGUUGCAUGGACAGCUAAGACUAACAGUAGAAAAUGGUAGAGGACCAGUGGUGGCUACUUAUUCUUCAGGAAAUAAUAAUACGUUCAGUCUUUGUGAUGGCAGAUGGCACGAAAUUCAAGCCGUAAAAUCCAAGAACGUUGUCACCCUUUCGGUAGACAACAUGUUCACCGACCCCAAAAUAGGAGCGCCAGCCGCUGUUUCCAGUGACACAGGCAGUGGCCUGUUCUUGGGGGGCCAUCGACUAAUUAAAAGGGUCAGAGGAAUCACGUCUCGCAUUCCCUUCGUGGGCUGCAUCAAAAAUGUCAGCUUGAAUAACGAUUACAUCGAUUUGUCUACUACUACCGCAAGCGGUAACAUUACUGUUGGUAGUUGUCGUACCGAUUAAGACCCAUAAGUUAUAAUUUUACUUUUGUAGUGCCAUAUAUAGAAUGUAGGAUUUAAUCAGUUUGUUGUAGAUAUAACUGUCCUUUUUUUCUGAAUAAUUUUUAUUGUAUAUCAGAAUAGGAAGAAGGUGAACAAAUGUCAUUGUAUGUUUAUUAUGUUAUGUCUAUGCUGCUGUCAGAUCAUUUUUGUACUUAAACGCAAGUUUGGGUGGUAUAAAUAAAUAUUUUGAAAUUUUAA